GUUCUCGCUUCAGCUGCUUCGUGUGCAUAUUUCAUUGUUUUUUUUCGUUCUUCUCUCGAUUUCGGUUGUUGGUGUGCGUUCCUUUUUCCAUGAAAUAGCAAACGUGAAAUUGAAAGAAAACUUUCAUCACUUUUGGCUGUGUGAUUUGGUGUUGCUGUCACUAUUUUGCUGGUUCAUAUGGCGUUUAUGUGACACAAAAAUAUCAAGAGUGUGUUUUAUUUGGUGGUCGCGUAUACAUUUUUUUUCAUUGCAAAAUACACGCUUCGUUGUCUUUCGUUCUAAAGUCCGUGGAAGCAUCACAAAUAUUAAUUCAAAAUCUCUGAAGACCGAGAGCGAGAGAGAAAGAGGAAUUCGCAUGGAAAACUAAUUGAGCGCAAUUUGUACGAUACACAUAGCAUAAAGCCGUAGUGAACGCUGAACCAAUCCAAACAUACACACACAAAACAGCAAAGGAAGAGACACAGUUUAUAAUUUCUUCUUUUGUGGUUAUAUAAAAUAUACGCCAAAUCAAUAAGAAUCAAUAAAUUUCGAUAUUAGAACGGUGCUGUGAGUCACUCACACCAUCGCACACACAUACAACACAACGCACUCAUGCAAACAAAUCGACGUUUUUCCCUUCUUGUCAUUGAUUUAAAAAAAUCAUCAUUCGUUUAAGUGUUUCGCGUGAUUUUUUUUCUACAAUUCUGUGUCUUUAAUUCCGUUUACUAGUUUUUUUCUCCAUUUUUUACGCUGAACUUCAACUCUAAAUCAGAAGUUUGAUUUCUUUCCGGGUAUUUUUUUUUCGUCGUCGCUGGUGUUAAUUCCAACAUUUAAUUUGAUUGAAAUACGAACAAAAAAUAAAUGCAUUUGUUGUUACGUUUGGUAAACGUUUAAAGUAGAAGGGAAAAUUAUACGCGCCACUCAUUCGCAUCACAAAGUUUGAUCGAUUUUUGAUUCAAUCAAACGACGACGACAACAACAACUGCAACAGCAACAGCAAAUGUACAAAAAUUGCUCGGCUCAACAAUAAACAUUCAUUCCAUCGAAACACUGAGACACAGAGAAAGAUCAUAAAAUCACCUGGCUUCCGCGCAACCAAGAAUUGAUGGUCAAUAAAAACACUGGGGGAGCUGCUAGCGCGAAUUAACACAUCUUAAUCACCCCGAUGGCAAAUUCAGCCAUGGCCGCAUAUGAUAGGCAAUACUGAUUGCAUAUGAACUCACAUGAAACAUCACUCAAUGUUGGGUCUUGUUAACCCAAAGGAUUACACGCUCUAACUCAAAAUCUGUCAAAUGCAAACCAAUGCUAUAAAAAUAUGUUAAAAAAACACAAAAUAUAAAAAAACAAUCAAACCAAAUAAUAUUCAGACCAAAACAAAGACCGUGAACAAAACGAACGCAAUGAAAAUGCAACGACAAAACCAAAAAUUGCAUUUUAAUCGAAAACGUCCCAUCGUCGUCGUGAUCGUCGAUCGGCCAAUCUGGAAUAGCAGCAUGCAUGUGAGCGAAACAUCCGAUUUUCGAAUUGAACGGACGAACUCAAUCAUCAAUGGGAACACUUACCCUCUUCCGCCAAAUGCCAACCAAGUAAAAUGAACGGCGCGCGACACUGUCAACGUGUAAGGUGUGAUUGCUCGAUGAAAACAUAGCAACGAUGAAGAUACAGAUUCAUUGGAAAUAAAACCGCCACAAAUGAUAAGCCGAUACGAUAAGCACAAGAAUUCGUCUAGGGAUUCAUCGUCACGGGAUAAAAAGCAUUCACGCGGCGAACAUCGGCAUAAGGAUCGUGCGCGUGACCAAACCGAUCGCCAUGCAAGACAACACCACAGCAAUCAAUCCAGUGGACGGCAUCAUGGCAAUCUUGAUUCAUCGUACGAUAAAUAUCAUUUAUCGUCACGGGACUCGUCGCAUCAAAAGCGUCGAAAGCGAUAUAGCCCGGAGAAAACCGAUGGCGAACGAGAGCUGGAAGACCUUCGGAGUCGAUUGUUGAGCAAACGCAGUAAGCAAGAUAUCGAACGCAAAAUUGAGGAACAUCAAAUGUACCAGCGAAAUGGUGAGGAAGAAAAUACACGGAGCAGAUCAAGAGAUGAGCAACACCAAAACAAAUCCCAUUCUAGAAAAAGUGUCAUCGAAGUGAUUGACAGUCCAGAAGAUUACGCUGACCUCGACCCUAAUGAAAAGUACAAAUCGGUUAAACAUAAGUCAGACAAACCGCCACCACCGCCAGAGGAUCCAGAAACAAUCAAACGGCGAGCUAAAUUCCUUGAUGCCGAUCGUGAAAUGACCAAGCGAAAGGAGAUGGCACGUGAAGAGUUGGAGGCCAGACGAGAGCUACGCCGUGAAAAGGGAAACGUUAGCGAAUCACCACAUUCACACAAACGAAGCUCACAUCAUAAAUCACAUCGGCGACAUCGUUCACCUGAUGACCAUUCGGUCAUUCAGGUAUUAGAAAGUGAAGAUGAUGAUAAAAGUUCGCAAUCCGAACAAGAUGAUGAUGAUGAUGAUGACACAGAGUCGGAGUCUGGUACUAAUACGAAAUCAAAUUACUCAAGAAGCGAAGAUCAGUCAGACGGUGAAGUGCCAACCAGUCCACUGUCGGUCGGUGAUUUAUCCAAAUCGGAGCACAGAAGGCGACGUAGUCGUAGUCAUGCGAAAAGCCAUUCUAAAAGUCGGUCGAAAAGCCGUUCUACUUCACAUAGCCCAUCGAGAAGUAGAUCAAGAAGUCGCUCAAGAAGCCGCUCAACGCGCUCAAAUUCACGAUCAACUUCACACGAUUCACGAUCCGAUCGAAGGCGUAACAGUUCUCAAGACAGUGAUCGAGACGAUGACAAACAUUUACCGCACUCAAAGAAGCGAGGUCGAAGAGAUUCAAAUGCGUCCGAAUCACAAGACGUGGAGAUGAAAUCUGAAGCGGCGUUCGAGUCAAAGCCAUCCGAAUCUAAAGAGACUGCCCCUGAAAAAGUGGAAGAGGAGCAGUUACCGGAUUACUAUCCUGGUUUACAAGGUUGUCGUUCAGUCGAAGAGUUUAAAUGUCUGAAUCGCAUCGCCGAAGGCACGUAUGGCAUCGUAUUUCGUGCUCAAGACAAACGUACCACUGAAAUUGUAGCUCUCAAACGCUUAAAAAUGGAAAAGGAAAAAGAUGGAUUUCCAAUCACAUCGUUGCGUGAAAUUAAUACGCUGCUAAAAGGUCAGCACCCCAACAUUGUGACGGUGCGGGAAAUUGUGGUUGGCAGCAAUAUGGAUAAAAUAUUCAUCGUCAUGGAUUAUGUGGAGCAUGACUUUAAAACGCUCAUGGAAACGAUGCAGCAUCGAAAACAGUCCUUUUUACCGGCCGAAGUGAAGUGCUUAACACAGCAGCUACUCGCAGCUGUUGCACAUUUGCAUGACAAUUGGAUACUGCAUCGAGAUUUAAAGACAUCGAAUUUAUUGCUAUCGCAUAAGGGCGUACUGAAAGUGGGCGAUUUUGGGUUGGCUCGUGAGUACGGAUCGCCACUGAAGCCAUACACACCAGUUGUGGUGACGCUGUGGUAUCGGGCACCCGAGCUGCUGCUGUGCUGUAAGGAAUAUUCAACACCGAUUGAUAUGUGGUCGGUCGGUUGUAUAUUUGCUGAAUUUCUGUCGAUGGCUCCACUCUUUCCGGGUCAAUCAGAAACGGACCAACUUAAUAAAAUUUUUAAGUUCUUGGGCACACCCAAUGAAAAAGUGUGGCCUGGUUAUAAUCAACUGCCUGCCGUACAGAAGAUUAAAUUCGCCGAAUAUCCCGUAUCAAAUGUACGCGAGAAAUUUGGUCGACGCACGAGUGACCUUGGCAUUCAAUUGCUACAAGGCCUACUCACUUAUGAUCCAAAACAACGACUUACCGCUGAACAAGCAUUGCGUAACAGCUACUUCAAGGAGAUACCGUUACCGAUCGAUCCGGCAAUGCUGCCAACGUGGCCGGCAAAGAGUGAAUUAGGCGCCCGAAAAGCACUAGCAGCAUCGCCAAAACCACCGUCUGGUGGUGGCCAAUUCAAGAAACUCACAUCCGAUGUCGAUGAAAAUCGUGGAUUUAUUUUAGGAGCUGCAUUAGAUGCAAAGGCACGACAUGUGGCAAUGGGACCUGGAUUCAAUUUGAAAUUCUAAAUAUGGCUAGUGUGAGACUUUGACAUACAUUCACGUACACACAUUGAAACACACAAAAUCUCACGUUUUAAAUACAACUCAGAAAGAAUGAAAUAGAAAAAGUAACUAAAGUUGGAAAACAAACAACAAUCUUCACGGUAUAUUGUAUAAAAUAAAAAUAAAAAUAAAAACAAAAACAAAAACAAAGAAGAGAAUAAAACAAUAUCCAAAAACUUUUGUAAAUUUGAAA